AUGCCAUCGUCUUCGCCUGCCGUCGUUGUUUGCUUUUGUUGUGAUGUCAAGAUAUUGUGUCGCCAUUGGUUCGCCGAUCCUUGCACUGUUGCAGUCGCCGAGGGCGCCAACGCCGUGUUGUGGCCGCUGCUUGCUGUUGAAGGGCCAAUCCCAAACCCGUAUGUAGGGAACGAUAGUUUGCUCUUUCUUAUUUUAUUUUAUUUGCUCUUAACAGGUUUGUUCUUGGAGAAUAAGCGACAUAGCAAGUUGAUUAUGGUGAUUAGUAAUAGAUUGUUGCAGAGGUUGGCUUGUUGCUAUUGUAGGCUGUACUCUCAGCCUUCCCAUCUUUAUCAUUUUCGAAACUUCUCUCUUUGGUCAAUGAAGAAAGACCCUGAUCUUGAAUCAGCGCUUUCCAGAAAUCGCCGUUGGAUAGUCAAUAACCAGAUUAAAAACAUAAUACUUAGAUGCCCAAACCAGGUGGCACCUUUGAAGCAUCUUCAGAAGAAGUUUAAGAGUCUUGAUCUUCAAGGCAAAGCUCUCAAUUGGCUCAAGAAGUAUCCCUGUUGCUUCGAAGUUUAUCUCGAGAAUGAUGAGUAUCAUUGUAUAUUAACAAAGCAGAUGAUGCAUUUGGUUGAAGAGGAAGAAUCGGUGAAAGAUAUGCAGGAGCCAAUAUUUGUACAGAAAAUGGCAAAGUUGUUAAUGAUGAGCAUGAAUCAAAGGCUUAAUGUUACAAAACUUAAUGAGCUCAAACACAGCUUUGGAUUUCCAGAUGACUACAUCAUUAGAAUUUUACCGAAGCACCCAGAAAUGUUCCGACUGGUUAAUAACGGUUGGAGGAAGAGUUCAGUGGAAAUCGAACUUCUGGCAUGUAACCCUGAUUUAGCAGUUUCUGCUGUCGAAGCUUCAGCUCAGAAACAGGGAACAGAGCCUUAUUUCUCGUGUUCGUUACCUUCAACUUGGACCAAAUCACUACAGAGAUUUGAAGAAUUUAAUGCAAUUCCCUACGUCUCACCUUAUUUAAAUCCUAGAGGUCUAGAAGAAGGAACAAAGGAAAUGGAGAAGAGAAUUGUGGGUAUUGUGCACGAGUUGUUGUCAUUGACAUUGUGGAAGAAGCUAUCAAUUGUAAAGCUAAGCCAUUUCAAGAAAGAAUUUGCUUUACCUGAGAAAUUGAAUGUUUUGUUGCUCAAGCACCCCGGCAUCUUUUAUGUGUCGAACAAGUAUCAGAUUUAUAACGUGCUCCUUAGAGAAGCUUAUGAUGAUGGGUCUGGAUUGGUAGAUAAAGAUCCACUGGUCAUUGUGAAGAAUAAAUUCGGCGAAUUGAUGCAAGAAGGGCUUCAUGAAUAUAACCAGAGGCGCCGCUUGGUAAAUUUGGAAAAGAAGAAGAAAGGGAUGAAUUUGAUGAAGUCGGAGAGAAGGAAAGAUGGAAGCGCUGAAAAUUCCGACCAGGAUGACAAUGGUGAUAAUUUAGGAGGUUUAUUUGACCGGAAGAACGGAAACGAUUUUAUAAGGUCCUUUUUGAUGAAAAAUAUCCAUAAUUUCGAGAUGAUUUUAACCUCGAUGUCUUUUGCUUUUCGGAUCCAGCUAGUAAUGAGCAAAGCCUGGAGAAAACUUUUGCUACCGGGUUGA